GUCAGCAUGGGAUGCUCUCAUUGAAAUACACAAUGAGGUUUGUAAUUGUAUUGUUGGCUCUGGUAGUCUUAGGGACAUGCAGCAUCACUAAACAACGCGCUGCUGAUCAGGAACUCCUCAAAAAACAGCAGGAUGUCAUUCAACUCCUGCAAAAGAUCUCACAACCAAUCCCAAACCAACAACUUCAGAACCUUGGUGCUUCCUAUGACAUUGAGAACAAUUCUCAUCAGUACCAGAACCCAAUUGUAGUGAAAUACUAUGCGGGUGCUGUGAAAGCUGGCCUUGUUCAACCAAAGGGUACAGUUUACAGCAACUCCAUUAGUCAACUACGCAAGGAAGUUUCCCUGCUUUAUAGGAUCUUGUUGGGUGCCAAGAACUACCAGACUUUCCUCAAGACUGCUGCAUGGGCCCGUGUCCAUGUCAAUGAAGGACAAUUUAUCAAGGCUUUGGCUAGUGCUGUUCUGACUCGUCAAGAUACCCAAGGUCUCAUCUUGCCACCAGCUUAUGAAAUCUUGCCUCAAAACCACCUGGAUUCCAGAAUUAUUCAGGAAGCUCAAGACAUUGCCAUUCAACAAGGAAUCCAACAAAGAAACAUCCAAGGCAUUCUUAUCCCUGUCAACUACUCUGCCCUCCUGUCUCAUGAUGAACAACAGCUGUCUUACUUCACUCAGGAUGUCGGUCUUGCUUCUUACUAUGCCUAUGUUAAUCUUGCUUCAUAUAUCUUGGACGAGCAGCAACAACAGCAACAACAACAAGAGCAGCAGCCACAACCACAGCAGCCUUUAAAUCUGCAACAGUACCAACAACAAACUGUAGGAAAAUACUUGCAACAAGUAGGACAACAGGGCCAGCAAAAUACCAUUGGUCAUGGCUCCCAGUAUCUGUUCCUCCACCAACAACUCUUGGCCCAUUACGAAUUGAACCGUCUCUCGAACGGACUUGGCCCAAUCCAAAACAUUGACUACAAGAGUGUACAAUCCCUCUACCAACCACACCUUCGCAACUUGAAUGGACUGGAAUUCCCAAGCCGUCCUGAGAACCUCCAACUCCAACCACAGAAGAACAAGCUCAUUCAAUCUGUUGUUCGUUUGGAAGAGAGAUUGAUGGAAGCUAUCGACUCUGGCCAUGUUGUCACCCCACAAGGCAUCUUCCUCUCUCUCUACCAACCACAGGGGAUGAACAUUCUUGGUGACUUGAUCGAAGGAUCUGGCAGAAGUGUCAACCCAAGAUACUAUGGAAGCCUCCAGGCUGCAGCUCGCAAACUUCUUGGAAACGCCCCUGAAGUACAAAACAUCUGGGACUACACACCAUCUGCUCUGGAACUUGAACAAACCGCCGUCCACGACCCAGCUUUCUACCAACUGUACAAAAGAGUCAUGAACCUCUUCCAGAAAUAUCAACAGUCCCUGCCAGCCUACCAGUCCAACGAUCUUAUCCUCCCCGGUGUUACCAUUCAGAACGUCGAUGUCAGUCAGCUCGUCACACUCUUCAGCAACUACUACAUCAAUCUCGAUACUGUGACCCCUCAACAAGACCAAUCCCAAGAACAGCAACAGCAACAACAACAAGAACAGGUUCAGCAACAAGUUAAGGCACACCUUAAGAGGUUGGACCACAAACCAUUCCAAUACAAGAUCGCAGUCCACAGUGAACAGAACGUACCAAAUGUAGUUGUCCGCGUCUUCCUUGGACCCAAACACGACUACGAGGGUAAACCAGUCAGUAUCUCUCAGAACAGACACCUCUUCGUCCAGCUCGACCAGUCUAUUCAAAAUCUCCAUCCUGGCCAGAACAUCAUUAUCAGGAACUCCCAGCAGGCUCCUGGACAGAGCGCCGACUGGCCAUCCACUCAACAAAUUCAACAAGGUGUCAACAAUGCUAUCCGAUCUCAGGGACCAUUCUACAUUGCGGAGCCACACCAGAUCUUCAGCUUCCCAGCUAGGUUGUCUCUUCCCAAGGGUACGCAACAAGGCUUCCCUCUUCAGUUCCUCGUCGUAAUCUCCGGACCUAACGCUCUCAACGUCCCGUGUGGCCCAGUGAUCCCAGAGCAAGCUCUGACCUACCAAGAACAGCAAUUCCAGAUCGUUAACCCUGAACAGUAUCACCAAUUGAAACAACACAGCCAGCUCCCUCAGGUAUCCGGCGGAAUCCAACAGAAUGUCGAAGUUCUUCCUGAAAACCUAGUCCAGGCACAACAACAAGUGAAAGCCGUCAGGGACUAUUAUGCCAACGUUUACACCAGAUACCACGGACAAUAUCCGAACACACAAAUCCAGAACCCCGUUGGCGAAGGUCAAGACAUGACGUACACAAUCCAAGGCGUUGGUGUAAUCAAUAGUGGACUAUGGUCACCACAACCACAUGGAUUAGCUGCACAGCAACAAAUUUCACGUCAGCAAACUCAACAGGCUCGAGAGAUCCAAGAACAGAUCCAAGCAGCAGCAGCGGCAGCGGCAGCUCAACAAGAACAGGUAUCUCAAAUGAUCUACGGACAACGGCAACAACACCAACAAGCAGAACAACAACGUGGACAGAACAUCAAUUGGAAACUACCUGGCGCCUUUCAGAAUGUACAGGCUGAACAACAAGGUGUACAACAGGGUGUACAACAGGGUGUACAAGGUCUACAAGGUAAUCAGGGAAUGCAACAUAGUGUCCAAGGUCUCCAAGGUCUCCAAGGUCUCCAAGGUGUUCAACAAGGUUUACAAGGUAUACAAGGUCUCCAAGGUGUCCAAGGUGUCCAAGGUGUUCAACAAGGUCUCCAAGAUCUCCAAGGUCUCCAAGGUGUCCAAGGUGGUCAACAAGGAAUCCAAGGUGAUCAACAAGGAAUCCAAGGUGGUCAACAAGGAAUCCAAGGUGUACCAGCUAUUCUGAAGGGAGUGCAAGGAGUAUGGGGUCUUGCACAAGGUGUCCAAGGUGUCAAAGUUCCCUAUGGUAUGCAAGGAUCUCACAUUCAAGGAAAUUGGCAAGAACCUGAAGUUCAAGGUGGAAUCGAAGGUGGUAUCGUAGCUAGUGGUCAACAACACGCUGGUGGCUUCCAAGGUAUCUACGCUCAACUACAAACUGUCCAAGAUCAGAGUGUCACCGAGUACUAUCAGAACAAACCCAUCUCUGAAAUCAUCGGUGGUGCCAUCUCUCUUGAUGGUAAACCCUUUGGUUUCCCUCUGGAAAGACCCAUGACACCUGGUGCCCUCAGUGUGCCCAACAUUUUCGUGAAGGAGGUUCUCGUCUUCCACGAAGGACAACCCACCAAUGACAUCACCCAGUAAAUAUGUUCCUGAAUGCGCGCGGCAUCGUUAGAAGUCGUAUGCAAAUUGGUUUUUACGAACCACAGACUUAG